AUUCGGCACUUAAAGAUAUUCAAAAUUUCUUGUAAUUCUAAUUUUAAUUUAAUCAUUCAAAAUGAGAGAAAUAGUACAUUUACAAAUUGGGCAAAGUGGUAAUCAAAUAGGAACCAAGUUUUGGGAAUUGCUAUCCGAUGAACAUGCAGUUGACCCAACUGGUCACUACUACGGUGACUCGCCUCUACAGAUCGAAAGAAUUAAUGUAUACUAUAAUCAGGGGUUAGGAUGCAAAUAUGUCCCACGAGCUGUGCUGGUCGACUUGGAACCCGGUGUCUUAGAUUCAAUUCGAGGACGAGAAAUAGGUCCUCUAUUUCGACCAGAUAAUUUCAUUGCUGGUUUAACCGGAGCCGGAAACAACUGGGCUAAAGGUCAUUACACCGACGGUUCUGAAUUAGCCGAUGCUACCUUGGAAGUUGUGAGAAAAGAAGCCGAAGGAGCAGAAUGUUUACAAGGGUUCCAAAUUGUCCACUCUUUAGGAGGCGGUACAGGAUCGGGAAUGGGAACUUUAUUAAUAAACAAAAUUCGAGAAGAAUUUCCUGAUCGAAUCGUCAACACGCACUCAGUCAUUCCGUCGCCCAAAGUCUCCGAUGUCGUUGUAGAACCAUAUAAUACAACUUUAUCUGUCGAUCAGCUGGUUGAAAGCACGGAUGCCACGUUUUGUAUAGAUAAUGAAGCCUUAUUUGAUAUUUGUACUCGUACAUUGAAAUUAGACAGGCCGGUGUACAGUGACUUGAACCAUCUUAUUUCACUUACGUUAUCCGGGGUCACCACCAGUUUCAGAUUCCCAGGUCAACUUAACGCUGACUUGAGGAAAUUAGCCGUCAACAUGGUACCAUUCCCCAGAUUACAUUUCUUCGUUCCUGGGUUCGCACCUCUCACCGCUAAAGAAGUUCAGGAUUACCGUGCCAUGUCUGUUAACGAGUUGACUAUGCAAGCUUUUGAUAUGAAGAACAUGAUGGCAGCUUGCGAUCCUCGUAACGGCAAUUACCUUUGCGUGGCCUUAGUUUUUCGUGGACGAAUGUCCACGAAAGAGGUUGAGGAACAGCUUAGUGCAAUUCAGCAACGAAAUUCGAUGUAUUUCGCCGACUGGAUACCGAAUAAUUUGAAAACAGCCGUUUGUGAUAUUCCAAACCGAGGAAUACCCAUGUCUGUCACAUUCCUCGGUAAUACUACCAGCAUCCAGGAAGUAUUUAGGCGAGUUGCUGAUCAAUACAACGCUAUGUUCCAAAGAAAGGCUUUCUUGCAUUGGUAUACCGGUGAGGGUAUGGAAGAAGAUGAAUUUUCAAAAGCGGAAGGUAAUUUAUUGGAUUUAAUUUCCGAAUAUCAACAAUACGAAGAAGCCAGCGGUGAUGACGAUGCUGAGUAUGAAGAAGCUCCCAGAUUAACGCCUAGAACAGCAGAGGGAAGUGAAGAUGAUGUAUCAACUGAAUCUCCUGGUACCACUACUGGUGUUCCUAUGGAAUAAUUUUUUUUGAAAAUAUUUUGUCCGAUUAAUUCAACUUCUUCGUAAGAUGUUCACCUUUGAAACCAAAUUGAAUGAAAUUUUGAGUCUUUUUAUGUUAUUUUAUUUUUAAUUUUUCGCAAACUGUGCCAUAUUUUAUCUUGUGCUGAUUCUUUAAUAAAUCUUUUAAUUAAA